AUGGCCAAACUGGGCCGAAGCCUACCAGUUGAUGCGGAGCUGUAUGAUCGGAUAAUUGCCGCAAAUUCCCUUAAUCUGGUCGGAGCAACGCAUAAUGAGGCUGUUGAAGUCCUAAAACAAGCCGGUCCCAGGCUCAAGCUGUACGAUCGGAUAAUUGCCGCAAAUUCCCUUAAUCUGGUGGGAGCAACGCAUAAUGAGGCUGUUGAAGUCCUAAAACAAGCCGGUCCCAGGCUCAAGUUGGUAAGUUCUUCUCUACUUGUGUAUAUCUCGUUUGAUUGGUUGGAUGCCAUUGCUCCCAGAGUCAAUGCUCUUGCUCCACUGUAA